AACAAAGGUGGUUGUGUUGCAAAACUGAGGAAUUGUGGAGAAGUUUUUGUGGAAGUGGGGGGGGGAGGGAGUUACAUCUACUGGAGCUUUCUGACAUUGUAUUUUGCUGUGUUACAUGUUAGGGCUGGCUAAGCUGACACUUAAAAUGGGCUUAAUGAAGUGGAUACAGUUAUACUGAAAUUAAUUUCAUCAUUGUAAAUUUUCUGUCAAUUGAAAAACAAGAUCAGACAGUACUCCCUAAAACUUCUCCAAGGAGAACUCUGUGAUGUUCCAAAUGGUAAAACAAUAGGGGAAACUGCUUGGUGCAGAGCCUGCUUUCAGGGUCCAUAGGGUGAGCUGCAGUCUCGCUGUGUGCUGCUCGGCUCGUUCUUUGGCAGCCGGGUCUGUUAAUAUUUGAAUAAUCUGAAGUAAGGUGGAAUUCAGCAGAGCCGAUAAUCCCAAGUGUUUCCAUGCUGAAGCUCCUCCUCCCCUGCCUGCAUGGCCCACGUUGGCUUCACUUUAUAUCUGAUAACAUUCAUUCUGCUUUUGGCAAUUGGAUCUUUACAGGAUCUGAGUUUCUCUAAAGGAACUUGCAAAGCUACACACACAAGCAGGAAAGUUCAUUGAAGUUAGCACAGAGCUAUUAAUAGAGUUGGCUAUAACCUAUUAAAAGGAUGUCUAUUAAUACUCCCAGUGAUUGCUCUGUAUUCAUAACUGUAGCGGUUCUGCUUCGUGCUUUUAAUCUUCCAACUCAAAUCAGAAAAGCACUGAACUGAAGUAACUAAAUAAUCUCUAUCCUCCUCGAGCUGCAGGUCAGACCUGUGAAUCUCACUCACCUGUCAGCACGUAAUUUCCUCCCCACUCUUCAGGCUGCUCUCUCCUUGUCACCCAUCUUCUGGGAUGCCCUUUUUGUACCUCUCAGCUACUUUUAGCACUUCUCUCUUUCCAAACAUAAUGAGAUUUUGGCUUAACUUUUGGGUCACUGUGUUACAUCACAUCUUUUUGUAAAAGUGGGUCAGUGGAAGACUGUAUUUUUUUUACACACGUUCUGGGACUGAUCAAAGCCAUAGCUACAACUCAAGGUAGUGUCCAUCAAUUAAUGAAGUGAUGCUCCCCUCACAGUUCAUAUGAACGGUCAUGUACCGUUUAUGUGCACAUGAUGUCUGUUUGGUUCUAGGUCUCCUAGGUGCACUGCAUUCUUUUAUCACAAUCUUAAGUAAUCAUGGACGUUACUGCCCACUUCUUUCCAAAGAGUACUUAUAAAAUAAAUUACAUUUCAUGCCCUCAAGAGAAAAGGUUAUAUGUGCUAAAACUGGCAGGCAUCGUUUUCAUAUAACUUGGAAUUAACCCACUGGAGUGGGUACUCUUUAGGAGAUCAUGUGAAGGAGGUACCAAGGGCACAGCUGUGGAGCUGGGAAUAGAUGUGAGGCUGCUAAGGUCAGCAGGUGUGCCAGCAGCCAGGGGAGCUGGCUGUCAGAAGCCAGCACUGUUACACGUUACCUAGGAGCAUAGGCUAAUUGCAUCCUGCCUUUAUUCAAGUUAUUCUUCAGAUGCUUUGGAUUUUGAGAUUGAACACAAAAUAGAUCCAGUGUUUGAUUCACCAAGGAUGUCACGGCGUAGUUUACGGUUAGCUGCUGCAGGAGUUAAUAAACCAGAUAGUGCCCGAAAUGAUAUCCUUCAUGACAGCUCUUACACCAGGAACGUGACUUUCAGGGAACAGUCUUCUAAUAUGAUGAAGCAGCGCAAAAGCAUAAACAAACAGUCUGGCAGUGUGAGAGACAUGCCGAGGAAAAAUCUGUCCAGCUCUCCCAUUUUUAACCAAAGCAGUUUUCUCAGCCGUGCCAGCGAUACGUCGAUGGUAUCCACUGUGCUGGAUGAAUCUUCGAUUCGAGAGCAGACAGAAGUUGAUCAUUUCUGGGGUCUUGAUGAUGAUGGUGACCCUAAAGGUAGCGAUGCCACGCUCCUGCAGAGAAAUGGUGAUAUAGCAACAGCAGAAACGCAGACUACAAUGAUAAAUGGGUACACAUGCAGUGACUGCAGCAUGCUUUCUGAACGGAAGGAGGUUCUUACAGCGUACUCUGCUUCUUCUGGGCCAUCUUCCAGGAUUUACUCUAGGGACAGGAGCCAGAAACAUGCAUCUAGAGGCACCUAUUUCUACAUGAGUAAGAUCCUGCGAUUGGUCAAACAUACUGCAGCAUCUCUUGCAUCACUGUUAGUGCAACUAUUUCAAAUGGUUUUGGUGAAGCAGAGUUAUGAAUCUAAAGCUCACUCAGAUUACUGUGGAAGCAUGAAUAUAAAGGAGUUUUACAGAGAGGAUAGCCAUCUUGGUGUAAAUGAGGAAUCAAUAUGUGAUGACUGUAAGGGGAAGAAACAACUUGAAAUACACACCACAGAGCACAUGCAGUCCUCCAGGGCUAAAAGGGUAGCAAGGACCAUUUCGCACAUCUUUUCUUAUGCAGGUUACUUUGUGCUGCACGUGUUGCAAACAGUGGGAGCAGCUGGAUGGUUUGUGUCCCAGAAGGUGUUGUCUCUACUUUGGCUGGCCAUUCUUUCCCCAGGGAGAGCAGCUUGUGGCAUCUUCAGGUUGCUUAGAGCUGGUUGGAAUCAACUUUAUACUCUGAUGUCUUUGCUGAAGGUGUUUAUUCUUAGAAAAUGCCUUCCAAAGGUUUCCAGGCUGUUGUUGUUUCUCAUUCCACUGCUGUUUCUACUAGGUUUAUGGUUCUGGGGAUUUGACAGCUUCGUUGCACUGUUGCCUCUGUUGAACCAGACAAGAAUUGAUAAAGUCCAGAGCACAGAUGACUCUAUUUAUGUUCCUGGUCCACAACCUGAUUCUUCUCGUUCUGUACAGCCUCCAAAGGAUACCAUAAAUAUAUUUGAUUCUGCUCGUAUAAAUGAGCUGGAAAAGCAGAUGGCCUUCGUGUCUGACAGAUGCCAUCAUCAUGAUGAAGAAUACAGCAAAGUGCUGCUUCUACUCCAUAAUCUUCAAGAUCAGGUUGCCCAGAUGGGUGACAGAAAUGAAAUCUUGAAGCUAAUAAGAAAUGUGAUGGAUCAACAUCUUAAAGAUAAGAGACUGGAGGAAAAGACUGACUUCCUGGCUUUACAUCAAGAGCACAACUUGCGCAUCAUAACGUUGGAAGAUCUUCUUAGAAAACUCUCUGCUGAAUUUAAGGACAUUCAGAAGGAACUUGAAAUAGCCAAAGCAAAAACAGUAAGAGAUGGUGAUGAACAUAAUCAACUCUUAUCCAGAGUUAAAAAGCUGGAGCUGGAGUUGUCUCAAGUGAAAUCAGAGCUAUUAACUGGAGAAAGUAUGAAGACAAGUUGUGAGAAAAUAGAUGUCAUUCAUGAAAAAGUAGAUGCCCAGGUUAAAGAAUCUGUCAAGAUGAUGGUUUUUGGUGAUCAGCACAAGGAUUUUCCUGAAUCGCUUCUCCAGUGGCUUACAUCCAAUUUUGUGACCAGAAGUGAUCUGCAAACUUUGCUGCAGGAUCUGGAGUUGCAAAUUCUCAAGAAUAUUACUCUGCAGAUGGCUGUAACAAACCAAAGAAUUACAUCUGAAGUAGUAACAAGUGCUGUGAAUAAUGCAGGGAUUUCCGGAAUCACAGAAGCACAAGCACAGAUCAUCGUAAACAAUGCGUUGAAGCUGUACUCUCAAGACAAGACUGGUAUGGUGGAUUUUGCCUUAGAAUCUGGAGGUGGCAGCAUUUUGAGUACUCGCUGUUCUGAAACCUAUGAGACAAAAACAGCGUUAAUUAGCCUCUUUGGAAUUCCUCUGUGGUACUUCUCUCAGUCUCCCAGAGUAGUUAUUCAGCCGGACAUGUAUCCAGGAAACUGCUGGGCUUUCAAGGGAUCGGAGGGAUAUCUGGUAGUUAGACUUUCCAUGAAGAUCUAUCCUACUGCCUUCUCAUUGGAACACAUACCAAAAACACUUUCACCAUCAGGAAAUAUCACCAGUGCUCCUAGGAAGUUUGCAGUAUAUGGCUUAGAUGAUGAAUAUCAAGAGGAAGGCACAUUUCUGGGGCAGUAUGUCUAUGACCAAGAAGGGGAGCCGCUGCAGAUGUUUACAGUGGAGAAAAGUGAAAACGUAUUCCAGAUAGUGGAACUGAGGAUUCUUUCUAAUUGGGGACAUGCAGAGUAUACCUGUCUUUAUCGGUUCAGAGUGCAUGGGAAACCUGCUGAAUAAUCCCCUACACUACAGCUUGGGUUGCUUAGUUGUACAUUUUGUUUCCAAUCUGUAUAUACCGGACAGCCUACAACACUGGAAUCUUUAAAGGACGAGGAUGCAAGAUAUAUCCUACAGAGUUACCAAUCCUCUGAUGAAGGCAGAAGACUGUCAGCAGAACUGUAUAAAAUAAAACUCAUUUGCUCUAAUGCUCAGUUUGUAAUUGCCAGUUAGCUUUAUAUUUUUGUGUCCAUGCUGAGAGAAGUAAUGCAUGCAAACGACUCUGGUUCAUAAAGCCCAGUUAGCAAUCAGGUGAUACCUAUUUUAUUACAAAUGAAUGUAUGUGUUUUUUGCUUGUUUUUUUUAAAAGAAUAAACCACUUUCUGCAA